AUGACCUUCACCAUUCAACGCUGCAAAGAUCUUUCCAAAGCAGCUAAGGCAAGCAGAAAAAGGAUUUUUGCAAGUUCAGCGUGUGAAAUAUGUGCCAGUAGAGAAUCUAGCGCGCAAAUACAAAGUCAUGUUCAGCUCAAUUUGAGUCUGAUCGGAAGUUUUACAUUCAAGCAUAGUGCGAUCUUUUGGAUAAUUGGUUCCAAAGUACUCUUGUCAUUUUAUUCAAGCAAUGGCGUCUUGCUCGCUUUAUGCGAUCCGUUCUUUUCUCUCUCUAUCUUUUCUUCAAGACCAGGGCUUUUCUCAAGAAUCGGGCAACGUCUGCCCGAGAACAUGCGGCCAUACCUGGAAUAUGUUCCUUCUCUGACCAAAGAUCAUUUUAUGAAGUUUUUAUUAGUUCUGCUCUGCUACGAAGGAUGUGUGGCACUCGCGGCUAUUUUGAAACCACUGUUCUCGUUUGUUCUUUCACGGCUUCCUAUUGGCGAUCGUCGGCCUCGGUUAAAUCUACCUUAUUUCCUUUCUCUCAAACAAGGGAAUAAAGAAAUGGACCAAGGAGAUAUCGAAGAUGCGAAGAAGAGUGACUUUGAGUAUGCGUUCAAAAUUGAAAUUGAUACGCACGACAUUGUGGCGAUUGCUGUUUGUUUACUGGUUGGUAUCUCGCACAUCUAUAGACGCCACUGGAUUACAAACAAUAUAAUAGGAAUUGCAUUCUCCAUCUAUGGUAUUGAGAAUCUUCAUUUGAGUAGUUUCAAGGCAGGAUCUCUUCUUCUUGCUGGUCUGUUCAUCUACGAUAUCUUUUGGGUCUUUGGUACUGAUGUGAUGACUUCCGUUGCUAAGGGUAUUGACGCACCCAUUCUUUUGCAAUUUCCACAGGAUCUUCUUAGGCACGGAUGGAAAGAUGCCGUCAAGCACAGCAUGCUAGGUCUGGGAGAUAUAGUCAUUCCUGGCAUAUUUAUAGCUCUCUUAAGGAGAUUUGAUUUGAGAAUCACUGAAAACUCGGGACAGAACAAGGGAGGGCGAUACUAUUUCAUGGUUACUAUAAUUGCAUACGCUGUCGGUCUUCUCAUCACUAUGCUUAUCAUGCAUCAUUUCAAGGCUGCGCAGCCUGCUUUGUUGUACCUGGUUCCAUGUUGUUUAAUCGUUCCGCUGUUGUUGGCUACAGCCAACGGAGAGGUGAAGGAGCUCUGGAAUUAUAGUGAAGAGCAUUUAACAGAUAAGAGUGAGACGGAGAAGAAGAAAGUUGAUGCAGAAAAGAAAACGAACUAGGCAAAUAGCUAUUUGUUGUAUUAUAAUGAACAGCUUGUUGUGUUUUGUGGCUGAUGCUAGUCUGUUUCUCUCUGGGGAGUUGUUUUAGCUUGCCGUUGCAAGUAUCCUUGUUUUCGGUCUGUCUCGGGUGUCUAUACGUCCAUUUUCACAUCUUUAUUAUAAUUCUUCCAAUUGUCAUAACAAUCACAAUCCUUGCAAGAAUCUUACGCCGUUGUUGGCAUGUUGCAUAAAUUUCUAUCUUCUGACAUAUCAAUAUACAUCGAUGGUUAAUAAUGAGGACAUAAGUUCUUGAGGCAAAUAUAUCAGAUCACUGGGAAUGUUUGGCUGUGAAUUGGCCUGAACUUUUAAGGCACAAAUAAAGCCUUCGUUAUGAAAGAUCCGUUACAACAUGGU